AUGAGCGCCUCAUCAACAGUCGCCCGCAGGGCCUUGGUCGUGAACCCAUUUUUGGGUGCCGGCAAUGCUCUACCGAGGCAAGCUCUUCUAGCCGCGUCGACGCUUCUCGCGCGCAAUUCGCGGCAAAUCAUGCUUAACAACCGAACCUCUGCUUUUGUCUUUCCCAUCCGAACACUCACCACAUCUGGAACCAGCACUCAUGGUUCGGGACCGCCGGCCGGUCCUCCGCCUGGCUUCAAUGCGGAAGAAGCUAAGAAACCUCUCCCUAAAGAAGCCGCGCCGCUUCCUGUUAAGAGCAAGACCAUCGCUGGCGAGGUGCAGGAGGUGACUAAGAAGACGACUGAGGCCUUGUCCGGGAGUGAUGCGUCCUUGAGCCAACUUGCGGAACAGAAGCAGGCGUAUGCCGAGAAGUACGAAGGAAAGAAGGAGGAACCCAAAUUGACCCUGAAACAAAAGAUCAAGAAGGAGGCGCAACACUACUGGGAUGGAACCAAGCUCCUGGCUGCUGAGGUCAAGAUCAGCUCGCGGCUUGCGAUCAAGAUGGCGGCAGGCUAUGAACUGACUAGGCGAGAGAACCGCCAACUCCGGAGAACCGUCCAGGAUUUGGGUCGCCUGGUCCCCUUUUCCAUGUUCGUCAUUGUGCCUUUCGCCGAAUUGCUUCUCCCUAUUGCGCUUAAGCUGUUCCCCAACAUGCUUCCCAGCACCUACGAGGAGCAAAAGUCCAAGGACAAGAAGGCGUCUACGCUUCGGGCCACCCGGAAGGAGGUUAGCGACUUCCUUCGCAAGACUAUGAAGGAAACAGGUCUUCCGUUGACGCAGGUUACUGCGCAAAAGGAGGAGUUCAGCAACUUCUUCCGCAAGGUCCGGUCUACCGGCGAGAAGCCGACUGCUCAGGAUGUCAUCAAGGUCUGCAAGAUCUUCAAGGAUGAUCUGACCCUCGACAACCUGUCCAGGCCGCAGCUCGUGUCCAUGUGCCGUUACCUCAACCUCAACACCUUCGGAACCGACAUGAUGCUUCGUUACCAGCUCCGCCACAGAAUGAGGCAAAUCAAGAGAGACGAUCGUGCCAUCAGCUACGAGGGUAUUGAGAGUUUGUCGGUUGCUGAACUUCAAGUUGCGUGCGCCAGCCGUGGCAUCAAGAGCUACGGCGUGUCACCUGCCAGGUUGAGGGAGGAUCUCCAAACUUGGUUGGAGCUCAGACUUCGCGAAGGUGUUCCUUCCACUUUGUUGGUGCUUAGCAACGCCUACAUGUAUGGUCAGACCGAUGGCGAAGUUUCCAGCCAGAUUGAGGCCCUAACAGGCGUUCUGUCCUCGAUUCCCGAGGAGCUGUUCCACGAGAUCGAGCUUGAGGUCCACAACGCCGAGGGCGCGGCCACCAACAAGCAGCGUCUUGAGGUACUAAAGGAGCAACAAGAGCUGAUUGACGAGGAGCUUCAGCAAGAUCAGGAGAACCAGAAGACCGGCUUUGCUACGCCAAGAGAUACGGAAGACAUUGACGAGGAGCACGAGAGGCACAUGCAGGCCAAGGCUGAUGGUAUCGAGAAGGCCCAAGUCAGCGAGGCGGUAGAUGCGGAGCAGGAGGCCCUCACAGCAGCCCGUGUUGGGCAACUGGAGGAGCAGAAGUCAGAGAAGGCUGCCGAGAAGUAA